AUGUAGCCAGCAGAUAACACAGGAAACGAUGAAGCUGAAAUGUGGAAGAAUAGUGGGGAGGGUGAGGAUGUCCCACUUGCUGCAAAGAUUGAUAGAACUUUUGUCCCUACUUUGUUUAAUGAUGAAAACAUGGAUUUCGUAGUAUUAAAUCCUCAACUUUAGGGCAGUCAUAUUGUCUACAAUGUUAAAGGUAUGGACAGAUAAGGUCCAUGGGAAGGUCAAAGAAGAUAUAGUUAGUUCCAUGCUCUACAUGAAACUCUUCAACUUAAAUGGCCAGGUGUGUUUAUUCCUAAAAUACCUCCCAAAAAAGCAAUUGGUAGCAAAGAAAUUAAGUUUAUUCAUGAACGCAGAUUUUAUCUCGAGAGAUUCCUAAGAAAAUGCUCCAUGCUAGAGUUCAUUAUCAAUUCUGAAGAAUUCUUAUGCUUCUCCAGACCAAGUGGUGAUAUUGAGAAUUGCUUGAACAAAGUAACUAAAUUCAACACUGCUAUUCAAAUUGACAGAAUGCAUAAAGCUACUGAUAUUAAAGAGAGAAUGUAUGAUUUGACCGAAAAAGAACGAUUCAAUAAUGUGAUUAUCGAAUUCUCCUUCUUUGCGAAGAAAGUUAUUCCACAACUUAAGGUCAUGAAAAAAUUAAUCUAACACUUUCAAUAAAUCAAGACAUCUUCGAUUGCAAAUCAUAAGGGUCUCUACAAUAUUCUGAGCAAUUAUGAAGAUCUGAACCUAAAUGUGUAUGUCGAACAAAAUAAGCAAAGAAUGGUCCUAGGACAUGAAACACAAGGAGUUGAUCUAAAGACCCAAAUGGAUGACCUUAUUUAGAAGCAAAACAAUCCAUUCGUUGAUAUGUAUCAUUGGUGUAAAGGUGAAAUCUAUGAUCUCUAAGCACUCUGUGAUGCUGUGACUUCCAGAGAAGCAGUCGAAAAGCAACAGAAAAAGCUCGAAUAAAAAAAGAAAAAUACAUAAGCAGAUCUUGAAAAUGUUAGUCAAGGAAAGAAAACAGUUAGAACUCUUUUUAAAAAUGACAAGGACACCUCAGGCAUGCAAAACUCUAUUGAAAAUGUAAAAUUCAUAAUUUUAUAUAAUUUAUCAGUAAGAAAGAGAGAUCGACAAUUUACAGCUCCUUCACGAGAUCUUGACAAUCUACUUGGGUGA